AUGUCUUCGGUACUUUUGCGUUGGUGUUUCGUGAUUUGUAUGUGCUUGUCUACCGUUCGAGCAAAUUCUACUGCUAGCAAUAUUGCGGAUCAGCCGAUCGCAGGUUAUGGCUACGAAACGUUAAGUGCGAAGAUGGACUUCCUUCAAUACAAACUGCUUGAAAUGGAGCUCGGAAUAAAGGAGCGCGAUGAGGAGUUAGCUGAGAAGCAAGUUCAGUUCGAAAAAGUGCUCAGCAAUAUGCUGGGAUCACUUCACCGGCUUGAACAGGCGGUUGGAACGAACCUUACAGCUCUGCAGACCGACUCAUGGAAGAUCCUCGCCCAGCAAAGUGCAUGUGCUAGCCACGAACAGAUGCGGAAGGAAAUAGAACAGAUUGCACCAAAGGACGGUGUGUCUAAACAUGUACAAUCAUUGCUGGCAUUGCAAGGUUAUUACAGCAAGGGACCAUUUCAGUCUUGUAUGGAUGCACCUGUAAAAGAGUCCGGAGUUUAUUCCAUUAAAGUAGGCGAUAAAAAGGAACUCUUAAAAGCGUUUUGUGAGCAGAACAGUUUCGGAGGAGGUUGGCUAGUGAUACAGUAUCGCUUCGAUGGAUCGCUGGACUUUUACCGAAACUGGACAGAGUACCGGAAUGGGUUUGGAAAUGUGUAUCAGGAGUUCUGGAUCGGAUUGGAGUGGCUCCAUCAGCUGACUUCGCAGAGCACCUAUGAGCUCAUGGUUGAGAUCAAAGACUUUGAUGGGAACUAUAGGUAUGCUCACUACACGGAGUUCGAGAUCGGCAGUGAAACGGAACAAUAUCCUUUGAAGAAACUAGGAACGUACAGUGGCACAGCGGGAGAUUCUCUUACGUACCAUGCCGGUAUGAAAUUUUCAACGAAAGAACGAGAUAACGAUAAAUCUACUUCAAAUUGUGCCGUAACAUAUGAAGGAGCUUGGUGGUACAACGAGUGUCAUUAUUCACACUUUAAUGGAAGAUACUUGAACAAAGAUGACCCGAAAUCGAUAUCAUGGUACUACUACAAAAAUUCCCAUCAAGGAUUGGCUUACUCGAGAAUGAUGAUCCGCAAGAUCAGUCGUAGUGAAUAA